AUGGUUCUUGACGCUUCUAUUGCUUCCUCCUACUUGAAGGAUUACCCAAAAAGAGAUGGUUUAUCAGUUAAACAAUUGAUCGAUUCUGCUAAUUUUGGUGGAUUAACUUAUAAUGAUUUCUUAGUUUUACCUGGUUUAAUCAAUUUCCCUUCUAGUGCUGUCAGUUUAGAAUGUAAAUUAACUAAAGAUAUUACUAUUAAUGCUCCAUUUGUUUCAUCUCCAAUGGAUACUGUUACUGAAGAAAAUAUGGCUAUUCAUAUGGCUUUAUUAGGUGGUAUUGGUAUUAUUCAUCAUAAUUGUACUGCUGAAGAACAAGCUGAUAUGGUUAGAAAAGUUAAAAAAUACGAAAAUGGUUUCAUUAGUGAUCCGGUUGUUAUUGCUCCAAACACCACUGUUGGUGAAGUUAAAAAAAUGAAAGAAACUUUAGGUUUUACUUCAUUCCCUGUUACUGAAAAUGGUAAAGUUGGUGGAAAAUUAGUGGGGAUCAUUACUUCAAGAGAUGUUCAAUUCCAUGAAGAUAAUGAUUCUCAAGUUUCUGAAGUUAUGACUACAGAAUUAAUCGUUGGUAAAGAAGGUAUUACUUUAACUGAAGGUAAUGAAUUAUUAAGAACUUCUAAAAAAGGUAAAUUACCAAUUGUUGAUACCAAUUACAAUUUAAUCUCUUUAAUUUCCAGAACUGAUUUACAAAAAAAUCAAAAUUAUCCAAAUGCUUCAAAAUCUUUCCAUUCAAAACAAUUAUUAUGUGGUGCUGCCAUUGGUACUCUUGUAGCUGAUAGAGAAAGAUUAACUAAAUUAGUUGAAGCUGGUUUAGAUGUGGUUGUUUUAGAUUCUUCAAAUGGUUCAUCUGUUUUCCAAUUAGAUAUGAUUAAAUGGAUCAAAUCUACUUAUCCAAGUUUACAAAUCAUUGCUGGUAAUGUCGUUACUAGAGAACAAGCUGCUCUUUUAAUUGAAGCUGGUGCUGAUGCUUUAAGAAUUGGUAUGGGUUCAGGUUCCAUUUGUAUUACUCAAGAAGUUAUGGCUUGUGGUAGACCUCAAGGUACUGCUGUUUAUAACGUUACUGAAUUUGCUAAUAGAUUUGGUAUUCCAUGUAUUGCUGAUGGUGGUAUUGGUAACAUUGGUCAUAUCACCAAAGCUUUAGCUUUAGGUGCUUCAACUGUUAUGAUGGGUGGUUUAUUAGCUGGUACUGCUGAAACUCCAGGUGAUUACUUUUAUAGAGAUGGUAAAAGAUUAAAAACUUAUAGAGGUAUGGGUUCAAUCGAUGCUAUGCAACAAACUUCAACUAAUGCUAAUGCAUCAACUUCAAGAUAUUUCUCUGAAUCUGAUCAAGUUUUAGUGGCUCAAGGUGUUUCUGGUUCAGUGGUUGAUAAAGGUUCUAUUAUUAAAUUCGUUCCAUAUUUAUAUAAUGGUUUACAACAUUCUUUACAAGAUAUUGGUAUUAAAUCAAUCCAAGAAUUAAGAUCUAAAGUUGAUAGUGAAGAAGUUAGAUUUGAAUUCAGAACUGCUUCAGCUCAAUUCGAAGGUGGUGUUCAUGGUUUACACUCUUAUGAAAAGAGAUUACACAAUUAA